CUCUGCGUACGCAUCAUUAUUACUUCAGCCAGCUGUGGACUGAAGCAGUACGACAACAACGUUGCCUUAGCCUGCAUCUCGGACCAAUUUGAACGAGCCAGUAAUUUGCACGCACGACAAACGCCCGGAAGCAUUUUUGUACGGGACGCGAACGCGCAGCGUUGCGAAAACGAACGCGUGCGAAUGAAUUUCAUAUCCUCACUCCUGGGCCGUCACCGCGACGACGGCGCGUCGACCGAACCGCUCACCACCGCUGAGCUCCUGGGCCUCCGGGACGCGGCGCUGCGCGUCGGCCGGCGGUGGCUGGAGAGGUGCGACGACGACGGCGCUGUACGCACGCUCGCGGGACCGUGCGGCAGAGACGCGCUCGAGGCGGCCUGUGCCGCCGCAUCGCAUCGCGGAACGACUGACGACGACGCGAUCGCGCUCGGCGCACGUCGGGCCCUCGAAAGCAUGGUGUUGACGGACGAUUCCUCCGAGGCGGCGCCGGGCGACGUCGAGGACCUCGCGACGCUCGCGUGCGUCGUACGCCUCUUCGUCGACGACGACGAAGGCGCCGCCGCGCUCGUGAGGACGCUCGCCGACGCGUGUGAUAGUCGGCGCCUGCCGGCGGCGGGCCGCGCCGUCGCCGAGGCCGUCGCCGUCGCCUACUCAGACGUCGCGGCCGUCGUCGGUGCCGCGCCGCUGGCGUUUGCCAUGGAGACCCUCACUCCAGGACUCCUGUGUGAUGCGCUCGCCGGCACGCUGCCGCUCGACGCGCUGGUCGUGGUCUGGGAUCACGUCUUCGCGGCGGGCGAAGUGGGCCUCCUCCGCGCCCUCGUCGCCUGUGUGGGCGUCGCGCGCGAGACGCUGGUGGCCGCCGCGCGCCGGCGGCAGAAGGGCGACAACACCAGUGCACUGGCCCACGACGUCGUUUCGGAUCUGUGCCGCGACGCCGACGCGGGGGCGCUGGCGCGCGAGAUCGAGCGGCUGAGCCGCCGCGAGGACGUGAGCGCCCUCCUCGGUGAUGAUUUGCGGCACGCCGUGGGUACCGCGGCCACGCUGACGCGCGCCGAACUUCGCCGGCGCCUCUUGUCGUAUGACGUCGAUGGCGAUGGUGUUCUGGAAGCUUCCGAGGCGCUCGACGCCGCCCGCGCGCUCGGUGGUGACGACGAAGACACGUCGCUCGUCGCGCGCGCCGCGGUCCUCGCCGCGCGCUCGGGCUCCGUGACCGUGGCAGCGCUCGAACGCGCGGCCCUCGGCGACGACUCCAUCGCGCGCUGCCUCGGCGGCGCUGUUGAUCCCGCCGGCGGCUCGACGGCCGCGCCCUCUUCGCGAGCGCCGAGCCCCACCACGCCCGCAAGCCCGGCGAUGCCGCCGCCGCCCGUUGACGCGCCGCCGGCUUGCUUCUCAUGUGUCUUCGCGAAGUCUGCGUAA